ACAUACUCCUAUUCGUGAAUCUAAGUAUGAUUUGAACAGGGAUGAUAGGCUUUUCAAAGGUACCAUGGACAAGCUUCCGCCAUAGAAAUGGCUGAACUGGGACACAAGUAGAGAGGGACAGCUCUCUCUGUUCUGUAGUUUUUUUUCUCACCUUCUCAAUCAGCAUUAAACUGUUUAGUUUUUAGGGUCUGUGAAUCCUGCUGGUCGCAGGAAGAGUUAUUUUACAGCAGUCUCAGUAGACAACUCAAUUUUUCUUUUCAAAAUAGCAAGAGAAACCCUGUUAAUCUUAAUCAGCCAGUAAAUUUAUCUGCCUGACAAAUGUCUUCACUAGAAAGAUAAUCAUCAAUGUAACGAGCCAAUCCCUUUUAACUGUCCACCCGGAGCACACCCUGAGAGGAAGCCCACCAAGGCUUGUCUGUCAUUAACAAUAUUCUUCAUCACUGGAUAGCUCAAUUAAUAAUAAUUUAAAAAAAUGGACUCGGAAAAUAGAAGCAGAGCAGAUCUUGCUCUCCCAAAUCCACAAGAUUCCUCCAGUGUGCCUGAAAUUGAACUUUCAGAAGCACCUUUUCGUGAUAGCACCCUACCAGAGAAGGCUGCCCCACCACCACGCCAGACAUGGCUGACAUUUUUGAAGAGGGAGCUGGAAUUCCUAGGCGUAACACAAAUUCUGAUUGGUUUCAUAUGUCUUUAUUUUGGAACAAUUGUCUACUUCGUGUUCAAGAUUUCAGAAUUUGAGAAAGAGUUUUUUUCAUCAUUUAAAAUAGGCUACCCAUUGUGGGGAGCAGUAAUUUUUGCUAUUUCAGGAUUUUUGUCAAUUAUGUCUGAAAAGAAAAAUGCAGCAUAUCUGGUGCAAGGAAGCCUGGGAGCAAAUUUGGUCAGCGUCAUAGCUGCAGGAACAGGAAUCUUUAUCCUGGUCACCAACCUAAAGGGCAGUUUGACUUAUAUCAAUGUUUGCCAGCAAGCUUAUGAGGAUGACUUCUGUAUAGCGGCCUUUUUUUCCACGGAACUUGUGGCGAUGAUCCUGUUUCUUACCAUUCUGGGGUUUGGGGCUGCUGUGUUACUCAUAGCCUACAGAAUUGGAGAACUACUCAAAGAAAACCAGAUUCCAGAAGAUCGUCUCUAUGAAGAAUUAAACAUAUAUUCACCAAUUUACAGUGAAUUGGAAGACAGAGUGGAGACAUCUCCCACUGACACAUAAGAAGCUCAUUCAGAACAUUCUCAUCCAUAGCAAAGGAUAUAGAAAACCAAGAUCUUUGUUUAUGGGAAUACUGGCAAAAUUUCAGAUCUCUCUAUGAUCCACCAAUUUUACAUUGUGAUUUAUUUUCCACAUGGUAAUAUUCUGUUUCUGUACAUCUAAGUAUCCCUCUUGCCCAAUUUGUCAAUAUGAUUGAUUCAUAUUUUUCUUGUUUUCUUCACACCCAUCUCUUCUGGGAAAUCAACAUGCAAUAAACAUUUACUGUGUGCCUUUAACUGUGCAAAUAGGAAAAACAAGAGGAAGGCUGGUCGAGAGUUGAGUAAAACUUUAACACUUUUUUAGAAUUCACAGAAGUGAUGGGCAUGAUAGAUGUCUCCCACUAGAUUAUAAGCACCAUUCAGUAAACAUAUCCUAAGAACUAAUUAAGUGUUGUAACUUUUCCACACUUGACUCUUUUACAUUGUGUAUCCCAGUAUUUCACCCGUAGUGGGUGCUGAGUGUAUAUUAAUGGAGUGGAUGGGUGUAGAUGCAGGGAAAAUAUCCCACAAGGCCAGGCCAGAGGUAGAGUAGAUAAGGAGAAAGAAAUGAUUCUGAAGUGAAUUUGGAGGCAAUAAGGAGACCAAAUUGGUAGAUAUUAAGCAUAGACUUAGGAAGAUAGUCAGAAAUUUGAAUAGAAAUUCUAAAAUCAUGUGUUAAGUAUUUUGGUGGAUUCAUAUCAGGUUAACAAUGAAUACUUCCUGCUUAUUAUAUGGAGAAGCAUAUUACAAUAUAUUAGAAAGAUCAUUGAGCUUAUGAAACGAAGGGAGUCUAUAUUGGAAUCCCAGGCUGACUGCUUACUAGUUGAACGAGUUGCAGCAAAUAAUUUACUCAAUAUGGAUUUCCUUAUCUGUAAAAUUAAGAUUAGGCAUAAUUUAUCUGCCAGCACUAAAUGUCUAUUGUGAGAAUACACACAUACACAUAUGUGCUCUAUCUUUAAAAUGUCCUAAAUAUAUUAUUAUAUAAAUUACCUAAUUUAUAUAUACCUCUAAGCAAUCUCCAAAUCUUAAUAAUCUCCAAAGAUUUAAAACUUAAGUCUAUUUUAUUGUAACUUCAAAAGCCUUACUCUCUGAUCCCACUUCAACUUUCUCUUUAAAUGUGGUUUGUGCUUGACCACUUCACAUCAGCACCCUGGCUUGAAAUGUUCUGCCCUCUCUUCGGUACUUACUUAAAUUCCUCCCUUCUUUAAUGCCUAUCAUAAGUCCCACCUCAUUCUUUAAGAAUUUCAGCCAAGAUUGCUCCUCUCUCGAGAUGAUGACUUUUUCAAACCAAACACACACACACACACACACACACACACACACACACACAACUUACACUAUAUAUAACUUUCUAAAUGCAAAUAUUUUACAUUCAUAAUAUAUUUUCCCCUAAGAUUCAAAGUCUCCUAAAGAUCAGUAUAUUGUCUGAAUUAUCAGUGCAUUCAUGGACAAAAUACUCACUAAUAUUUGCAGUGGGCAGUGGGGAGUUUAAUGAAGUUACAAUAGUAUCUGAUGAGAGAAUAGGAUAUAUCUAAGGAUUCAAAAUGAAAGAUGAGUAAAUUAAUGAAGAUCUUAGCUAAAAUGAAAUAAGUGGGCAUGGAGAGAGAUACAUGGAGAGAAAUACUAAUCGGUCUUAUUAACAAGUUGAAUAAAAGGAUAAAUUUAGACAAGCAAUUGGGUAAGUAAUACGUUAAGUGUUUGAUUCUAAGAUCAAAGGAGAACACCUGGGAAUGUUGAAAGAAAUGGCAAGAAGUGAUUUAUGUAUUAAUGGGAAGGAGUCCAGUUAGGCCUAGAUUAAGAUUCAUUUUAGAUGGUCAUUUUUUGGGGGGCCAAAAGAAAUGCAACUAGAGAAAGUCUGACAGCACCCACCACAGAGCAAUGGUACAAAGGAAAUGUGGUGAUAGAGAUUCUUAUCAUUAUAACAGAGCUCAUUAUUUGGUGAAGCAGAUUAACACUCAAAGAGAAUUAUUUUGAAAUAAAAGCAAAGCCAACUUAACCUUCAUAUGCCUAUAACCAGGGGGAAAGUAGAAGGAAAAAAAAAUUUAGGAUGGAAAAUAUAAGAGUUGUUCAGAAAAGUGCAUUGUGAAAUAGUAGAUAGUGGAUAGCCCAAAAUGGAGAGUGAUUAGACAAAGAAG